GGAAUGCAGAAACUGCAUUAUGUAUUCAUAGUACGUUAAGCAUUUAAAUACCUGUAUACCAUUUGGACAGAAUUGUUGUGGCUUGGAGGUUUUCUCAGAAAUGUAACAAAGAGAAGCAUGUAUUAACCAUUUCUCAGUAAAACAACUUCAUCGAAUACCCUUUAUUGAAAAAGUCUAGUCGAAAGUAUCCUUAGACACAAAAACCCUUCGAAUGAUUAUUUCAUGAUUGGCAAGGAACAAUGUUUAAGACAAAGGUUUUCCCCCUGAAUGCUUUAUUUCUGUUAUGCUUCAUCGCCAUGUCAGUGAAUGUGGACGGUGAACUCUGUAAUAUUUCUGAGUCGUACAAAUCAAUUUUGCUGAAAUGUAUUCCUGCAGUACUAACCGCUGUUUUGGAUGAUCCUGCAAACUGCAAUUCUACAGACGCUUAUUGGGAAUGUGUGCAACAUAUUGCCGAGAAAUGCGAGCUUCCAGUCCGUGGAAAAAUACUUGACGAAGGAAAGACAUUGCUUAAAGACCUCAUCUGCAGCGGAACAAGAAUUCAUCACUCUGUACUGCUCCAGACGUUUGCAAUCGCUUUCUGUCUUGUCGUCAAGAAACAGCUUGGCUAAUUCACAAUUCAUUGUUCUAUUUUCUCUUUGCUUUGCUUACCCGUUUAACGAUUAUAUAAUUUUAUGUACAUUCCACUGAUAAUCAAGGACAAGCUUUGAUAUGAUGGUAUGAGAUGAUACCACUUUAGACUCCUAUGUGUGGACUCUUACAAUUUUCUAUAAAUGUUCAUAGUUCGUUUGUCGUUUUGUGUUUCUGAAUGAUAUGCAAUUACAAAUGAUAAUCUGGUAACGAUACUUUCAGUUCUUAAGAAAAUUCUAAACGUUUUGAAAGGUGUUAGCAUGUAUUUCUAUGUGUGUGUACAUUUAUUUUGUUAAGUUUCGAAAAUGUUUGUUUGAACUCCAUUUCUUUUUACGCAAAUAGAAUGUAUAGUGUAAAUUGUGUUACUAGAAUACGUGUAACAAUGCUAUAGCAUAAAUAAAAUAUUUAUGUUCAAAG